AUGAGACGCCGUUUCCGACGGUUAGUGGACUUCCCGCCGCAAACUCCAUCCGUAGACGGCGGUGCCACUCACGAUCCCAGCGUCACGGUUCUGUACCGGCCCACGGGGCGAAACACCACCUUCCUGGCCCUAUCGAGAGACACCAUCGCCGACCAGCUGUCCUCCACAUCAGGCGCAUUCCGCGAAACGACCUCGCAGAAAGUGAAAAGCGGCAGCCCCGCCGAGGCGUCGCACGUGCUCGAGGGUGACGUCAUCGUGGCCGUGAACGGGCAGGACAUCGGCGAGCUGCCCAUCGCCGAGGUGCGGCGGCGGAUGCACGACGGCGGCGACCAGCUGGUGGUGACCGUGCUGUCGUCCAGCGCAUUCCGGCUGCUCGAGUCCCGGCGCGACUGGGCCCAGAUUCUCAGGGCGGCCGGCCAGGACAGCCUGCAGCUGCGAGCCAUCAAGACCGCGUGCGGAGGCAGCGGUAACUACGGCUUCAAGACCGUCGAGGCCAGGGCGUGGAACGAGCAGAGGAAGGCGCUGGUGCACUGCCACGUCAUCCAGAAGGCGACAGAGGUCCAGGUGACGACGCCCAACAAGCGCCUCUACCCGGGCGACGUGCUGCUCAUGGUGGACGGCGUGCCUGUGGACACCAUGGACCAACGCGGCGUGAAGGCCGCCCUCGCCAAGGGGGCCGACGAGCUGAGCAUCACCGUCGCGCCCAUGUCGCCCCUGCGCCUGCGGAGGCCCUCGUACACGCGGCUGCACGAGACCGUCAUGUCGGACGCCAACGUGCCCGAGCCGUCGGCCAAGGCCAACAUCGAGGCCGCGCCGCAAAAAUAAAAGCGCUG